GCAUGGAGGCACGAUGCAGCUGUAGAAAUGAAUGAGUGUAGAUAGUGUUCGUGUUGACAUGGUUUUAAAUGCAACGUCGUAAUGUUUUAAGUAGAUAAACAGACUUAAAAGCCUGACGGACUCAACAAUGGAGUGUGACAUUUUGGACUCGUUGGAGCAGCUGGGCUAUGACGGCCCUCUGCUGGAGGAGAAGGCGCUGCUCGGAGCCGCAGAGGGAGGCCUGUCCUCGCAGGAGUAUGUGGACCUGUGCAGGUGGCUGGCAUCCAGGUUAAAGCCGCUGUGUGACCUAGAGGAAAGCAUCACAUCCGGUCCAGACGACAUGGACAGCCUCCAGGUUGAGAUGAGCGGUUUGUUGAAGGAGUUACACUGUCCUUAUGAAGAAGUCGUUUCAGGGAUUCUCAAGGGCAGCGUGCAAAACACAAAAGAUCAUCUCAAGUGUGUCUUGUUUCUCAGCUCUGAGCUCCAGGCGGCUCAGAUUGUGGGGAGCAGGCAAGUCUCUGAUAAACAGCAAGACAAGAAACCGGUGUAUCAGGAGCUUCUAGCAAUCUGUGAAACGCUGACGUUAUCAGAGCCCAGAGGACCAGACGCAGCAGGAGUCUUCUCCCAAAUACAAUGCAAGGUUGAUAAAGUACUUAAAGAUUUUCCGAAGGUCUCCAUUGGAAGCCCAGUGCUCAAGAAUUCUCUCACCAGUGAACAGUGGGAGAAGUUGCACAACAUCAACACAGUCCUGUCCUCAGAGUACGAGUGUCGGCGCAGGAUGCUGAUCAAACGGUUGGACGUCACGGUUCAGUCUUUCGGGUGGUCAGACCGAGCCAAGGUCAAGGUGGACAGCAUGGCGAGGGCCUACCAGCCAAGGAGACACUCUCUGAGGCCACAGUCCACAGUGGACAUGGCCAGGCUGCUGGCUGCCAGAGAAGACCUCUGCAACGUGGUGAAGACCAGCAGUGGCUCCAGCAGAGAGAAAACAGCUUGUGCUGUCAACAAGGUCCUGAUGGGGAGAGUGCCAGACCGAGGAGGACGUCCCUCAGAGAUAGAAGCCCCGCCCCCUGAGAUGCCACCCUGGCAGAAAAGACAAGACGGUGGAGGUGGCUGGGGAGGCCGUGGUGGAAGAGGAGGAAGCUGGGGACAUGGAGGAGGAGGAGGAGGAGGUGGUGGUGAUGGAGGUAGUUGGAGAGGAGGUGGAUGGAACCAAGGAGGACAUAGUGGACAUGGAGGUUAUGGUGGAUAUGGAGGACACGGAGGGAAGAGAGGACGGUACCAGUAUUAAUUUCUACUGAUUUUCUUGUGUAGUGAUCAAUUCUGUUUUCUAUAUUUUCUAUAGAAGAACACUUUUUUCUAAAAUGAUGGCAGACUUAGCAACAUUCAGUGACAAAUGUUACCCAUGUGGAUGAUUUUACUUUUAUUAGUGUUUUAAUUGUUUUUGUUUUUUUUUUAUAUAUAUUUUCUCAUCAGUGUUUUUUUUAUUGAAAAUACCAGCCAUAAUAUCUAGAUCAUAUCAUCUUGAAUACUGAAAGGAGGGACAAACACACUACAUAUGCUUUCCCAACUUGAAAUAUGAACAUUUUGAAAGCUUUUGCAAGUUAAGAGGGAUGUUGGGACAGAAUGAAGGAUGUUGAAGUCAAAGUCUGCAAAAACACAAGGAGGUUCAGCUUCUGAAACUUAACUGUAGUUCCACUGUGUGAACUUCAAGUGUGUACCCCCCCCCGUCAGUUUUGAGAGUCACUCUUUUUUUUUUAACACAUACAGUAUUUCACUUUAGAUUUCAAGCUAUAAAACAUCAGAUCAAAAGUGAUUCCCUCAAAGACUGUACCAGCUUUAUACAUUGCGACUGUGAUCCUUUUCAACCUCUGAAUUUAUUUAAUAAAGACCAAUUAAGUAAACUCCCUCUUACACUGAUGCUUUAAUCAGCUACUGAAAUAAUGCUGAAAUGGAGACACUGGCUAAUUGACACCACAAGGUGGCAUCAUGGACUGAUGUAAAUUGAGAAAUGCAGGAGGUGACAGUUAUUUCCAAAUAUUUAUUCUUGGCUGUAAAGAUUUUCUACAAUUGUGUAUUUUUCCAAUGGCAUACCUUUUUUCAAUAGAUACAGUUUAUACAUAGUUUGUACAAUAACCAAUAUUCAUUAAAGCAGAAUUUUACAUUGUGUACAUUAUGAACAACAUACCUGUACAUGGACAAAAGAGUUACACCUUGGCCACAAAAAUCACUUUUCAGUCACCAAACUAAGACUCAACCAGUAUCUUAAAACCAAAAAACACAAAAUCUCAAGCAAAAAAAAAAAGAUGGGUGUUUUUAAAAAAAAAAAAAAUCCAGUUAAGAUAUCUCACAAUCACUUCAGAUGUAUUUUUCUCCAGUUAUGUAAGAUCACUGCCUAUGCGUCUUUGACACCAAAAACUUGUCAACAAAAAUAAGAAAAAUUAGGGACAAUCUCUUCACUUUGGCCACAUUAUAAAUUAAGUUGGCGCAAUGAAUUGCAAAUCUGCAGUUUAUAUAAAAAAAAAAAAACACAUUUCACUUCAUGUAAACUCUGCAAGGGCUU